AUGCGUGAGCAGCGGCUAAGACACGAGGCGAGACCGAGUGACGAUACACUGCCUCAGGAUGUGGUACCGCCCAACUCGACGAGAUCGAGAGCGCCAAAUGGCCAGAAUGCCAACCCUGCAAUGACAAUUUCGCGACCGGCGCCAGCUCCCCAGUGGCCGCUGCAGUCCCCUCCCACGGCGGUGCCCCCCGAUGCUGAAUCAUAUCGUCCGCCACCAGACCGACCUCGAGCAGCUCCUCAAAGACCGCCUCGCCCGAGUCGAGUUCCCUCCCUGGUCGACCAAAACCGCCCACAGCAAGCGACUCCCUCGUUUCGUGUCCCUGGAGGUCCCGAGAGCCCAUCGGACAUAGUCGAGAGCCCCUCUUCAGAAAACCCAGGGCCUCUUAGAAGGAGCGCAAACCUGGGGCCUCCGCCAUCCAGCAGAAGAGGCCAGUCAUCCUUUUACUCGACAGCGUCUUAUGUGACCCCGAUACCCGAAGAAGGCUCAGGCUACAAAUCCCAUCAAUCUUUCGCUUCAAGCGCCGUCAUGCCUGAUUGGAGAGUUGAAUCGGGCAUCAGUCCGAGCCUUAGCGGAACUUUCUACGAAGAAUCAUUGACGGAUAAACCUAGAAAUUCUGAAGGAGAUGAUUAUCACGACGAGAGCCAAUUGGUACAUGGCCGGGAGGAAUAUGCCCUUCAGACGCUCAACAACCGACGAUCUGGCGUAAAGGAGUCAGCCUCUGCGAAUCCCUUCAUCGAGGGAACGGGACUUGUCGACGAAUCCACCGACUCUUCCACAAACACUUCAUUUACCAACAGGCAAACCCCGGCCACUACCCCUGGCAUGUCGAGCCAUAUCGCUGGGGUCCCUCUCAACAACGGCCUGAAAAGCCCGGGAGAUCAUGGUAUAGCUACCGGAUCCCCGCAACCGACCAGCCGCCUGUCUGCGAUCCGACGCCCGCCAAGGCUGGAUAUGGACGCCGUCAAGGAGGCCGAGUCAAGAGGGAGCCUUACCAGCUUGCCAGAUCUCAUCCGACGUGCCACCCAACUUGCCUCAAUGAUAGACAAGGGCAAACGCCCGGGAAGCCGCCUUGAUGAGCUCGACUUCUUUAACGAAAAGGGGAGCGGCAGCGAGGCAAUGAGGCGUGCGUAUAUGGAACGCCAUCAAUCGGGUCUCUCGGACAUGCUGGCCGCCUUCCCUCCCCCGGUACACACUCCCCCACACAACGCUCGCGCCCCCCAUGGGUCGUGGCCUCUUGCGCCAGGAAACUACGUGACGGGUCGUGAGAAAUACUCGGUAGAGCCCGAAGACGACGCACCGGCUAAAAGAAAGGGCCGUCGAUGUUGCGGUCUACCCCUGUGGGGGUUCAUCUUGAUCAUCGUGCUCAUGCUUUGCAUCAUUGCAGCCGCCGUCGUAGUGCCUCUGGAAUUCUUUGUCUUCAAGAACCUGGGCCACCACGACGAUUCUUCGGCUGUGAACCUUGAUACUUGUGCGAAGACGCUGCCAUGCCUGAACGGCGGCAGCGCCGUUGUCCUCAACAACACAUGCUCGUGCAUCUGCACCAACGGCUUCACUGGUGCCAACUGCGGUACUGGCGGCUCCGCGGGCUGUACAACGACCAACCUGGUGCCCACAGACGGCUCUUCUCGCAUCAACAAUGUCACUCUCGGCAUGGCCAUUCCGCGCAUUAUUGCCGACUCCAACAAGAACUUUUCGAUCCCACUCGUCGGAACGAGCAUCUUGGCCAAGUUCAACUCGGGAAACCUCUCGUGCAUCGCCCAAAAUGCGCUUGUUACUUUUGACGGCCAGUCAACGAGAACAGGCCUAGCCAAUGCCAAAGUGCAAGAUGCCACCGAUGGCUUGGCCAAGGAUCAGGCAGCAACCAGCAAAAGUUCCGGACCGACGCCUGAUCUCACUUCUCGGCAGCUGGAAGCGGCCCAAGGCGAGGCAUUCUUGUUAGCUCCAAGGGCCGCCUCCUCAACCUCGCCCUCAUCUCCUAAGCAGACCAGCCUGUUCACAGUUACAGAGGAAGUUUUGGACUUUGCUCGCACGGCAGUGCUGUACGUGCUGCAGGAAGAUACUGUCGACGCGGCCAACACGGCGCAGACUCAACUCCAGCAGUUCUUCACCCAAGCCACGCAAUCCAUCACCAAGCUCGGCUCCCAGGUGACUGUGAAGGAGGCGUCGAGCAUCUCGAUCGGAGGCAACAGGACUGUUGAUUUGGUUGACGCGACGGUCAACAUUGGCGAUGGUCCCGUGGGCAAGAAGGCGACCAGACGCAGCCUUUUCGGCUUUUGA